AAUGCGCGCGCAGGGAAAUCGCACCGCUGUCGCUUUAACGGCACCGGAGCGGAGCGGCCCAUCUGAUCUCCCUGCGCCAAUCAGCGCUUCCCUCAGUCCGCACGCGAACAUGGCGAGGAAAAGGGCAGCUGUUGAAGGGAAGGACGCCGCGCGGAUGUGAGGCGGAAGUCGGUUCUUUCAUGGAGAGGGACCGCGCGCGCACCCCGGGGAGGAGAAUCGGAGCUGGUUUGCACCAAAGAGCCGCGGAUUACAAUGCUGAUAGUGGAGAAGACGGCUGAGCACCCGUCAGGGGAGUACUCUGUGGUGGAGGACAUGGCCCUGCAUUGCACUUUCCUGAUGGAGCGUCUGAACGAGCAGCGGUUGCUGCAGCCAGACCUGUGCGAUGUAGAUAUCGUGCUUCUGCGCCACAAAGCCACGUUCCAGGCACACAAGGGCGUGUUGGCUGCCUACAGCCCCUUCUUCCACUCGCUCUUUGCCUCCAGUAAAGAGCUGCAGCGCGUGGAGCUAUCUCUGGAGGCACUACGACCACAGGGGUUGGUGCAGAUCCUUGACUUCAUCUACACAUCCAGGUUGCUUGUAAACAGUGGAAACGCACGCGAUGUGCUGCGUGCUGCCACCGUGCUUCAGAUGGCCAAUGUGGCGUCGUCGUGCCAUGAACUGCUCUCACGUGGCUCGCUGCAGGACGAGCAGCCUGAGCGGGACAUCCAGACCUGGAGCAGCAGCAGUGGAAAUGGAGGAGGCGGUGACUCGAACUUCUCAAUGGAGAUCAAGCAGGAACAGGACGCAUCCAGCGCUAAGAUCUUUGGCUCAAAGAGCGAAAGGAGCCCGUAUGUCGCACACAUUGGAGAAAGACAGCUUUUGGGGACAGGCAAGGAGGAGUGUAAUAUGGAGGUAUCAAGAGACUCGGAAGAUUCCUUCAACAGGAAACAGAUCAUUGUCGAGCUCAAUCUCAACAACCAGACCCUAAACUUGUCCAAAGGAUUGGACGGAAGCUGCUCCUCUAGGACACCCACUGGCUUUGACGCAGAGAAGGACAAUGCUGACUCGGAGGAAGACGGCGAGCAAAGCGAAGGCGAGGACGAGGUACCGGGAGGGACAAGCGAGGACGAGGCAGGAGAAGCAACGCAUCUGGAUUUCAGCAUUCCCAAAUUCCUUCCUCAAAGAUCUCGCAGACAAACCAGUUCCUCGGUGGAUGCCAUGGCGACAGUUACGAUGAGAACAAGUAUGAGGGUAAGGCGUGGAGGACGUGGGGGUGUGCGAGGCGAGGAGGAAGGAGAGGAAGGGCUUGGACAGGAUGUGAGACUGGAGGAGAGACGGAGCUUCCCGUGUGUGAGGUGCCCACAGGUCUUUACCAACAGCUGGGACAUGGAGAUGCAUGCCAACGUUGAACACAACUACAUGCAAGGAUGUGACAAAUGUGGCACCCGCUUCCUUCUGGACAGUGAGCUGCUCCUGCAUCAGCAGACUGACUGUGAGAAGAACAUACAGUGUCUUACCUGCGGCAAAGACUUCAAGAAGCUUUGGUCCUUGCACGAACACAAUAAAAUCGUCCACGGAUACGCUGAGAAAAAGUUCACUUGUGAGAUAUGCGGGAAGAAAUUCUUUACCAUGGCUCAUGUUCGCAAGCACAUGGUUGCUCACACGAAGGAAAUGCCGUUCACCUGCGAGACAUGCGGCAAGUCUUUCAAACGGAGCAUGUCUCUCAAAGUUCACUUCCUGCAGCAUUCCGGAGAGAAACCCUUCACAUGUGAGAAUUGCAACGAACGUUUCCAGUACAAGUACCAGCUGCGAUCGCAUAUGAGCAUCCACAUCGGCCACAAGCAGUUCAUGUGUCAGUGGUGCGGCAAAGACUUCAACAUGAAGCAGUACUUCGACGAACACAUGAAAACUCACACAGGUGAAAAGCCGUACAUCUGUGAGAUCUGUGGGAAGAGCUUCACCAGUCGUCCCAACAUGAAGCGGCACCGGCGCACACACACUGGCGAGAAGCCGUACCCGUGCGAGACGUGCGGCCAGCGCUUCCGCUUCUCCAACAUGCUGAAAGCUCAUCGUGAAAAAUGCUUUCAGGUCAGGAACCCUACUACAGAUGCUCCGCCCACAGAGUUUAACCCCACCCCUAACAAUACAUCAUAUGUGAUGGAUCAGAGUUCUUCGAACCCAAAGGACGUCAGCCCACAUUCUGGGUUCCCAACUGCACAGACCGACUUGAGAGACGCAUAACUAUUGAACUGUUUCACUGUCAAGAAGAGUCUAGAGGUACUUCCUGUUUAGCUUUUGCAUAUAAACCAAGUAUCUAAUGCUCCUCAACCUGAAAAAAAAAACCUAUUACCUUGAGAGGUAGAAACCUAGUGUGCCAUAUUUGGUAUUACAGUAUCUAGCCUUCAAAUGUAGCUGCCGCUGAUAUUAAUAUUAACAUUAAAAUCAAAGUGUAUGUAAGUAAUUAUAGAUAGAUAGAUAUAUUUGCAAUAUAUAGUAAAUAUACUGGAGAAUUAUAGCUACAGUUAAGGUCAUUACUCGUCAUUUAAUAGCAUUACACACAUCUUAGCAUUCCAUGGGAAAUCAGGAGGAUUGAAAUGCAGUUCUUGUUCUCGAUGCAGUCGAUAAAACAAUCUUUUAAGCCUACCUGGAAAUGUGAUCUGCAGUUUUUCAGUGUUAUGAGACUGAAGGUGAUGAUGAGGUCACUGAAGACACUUCAAAAUCAAAUUUGCAAAGUCAAACCAAAAAAAAAUUUUUUUUCUCCCUUGAUCACGGUUUGUGAUCAAUCCAAUUCUUAAGCCCCGCCUACUAAAAUUAGAAGCUGGACUUGUACCAGAUUUAAGGAUUAUCUAUACUGUUGUGUAUGUGUAUACAUAUAUAUAUAUAUAUAUAUAUAGAAUUGUUUAUUUUAAAGAAAAAUAUGAAAAAAGUAAGAACGGUUCGGCAAAUUAGGUUUUUUUUUCAUAUAUUUAUUUUAUAUUUCCUAUCAGUAUUACUUGUGAGUCUUAAUAAUUGUCUCUAAAUCCUCAGUUCUCAAUUGUGUUGUUUUAGAUAUUGAGGGCUUUCUUUCCAAAUUUUCCUCAUUAUCUAUUUUUGUUUUGUUUGUGUAAAAACCUAAUGCACCUAAGCCACGUGAUUUCCAAUCUGAGGUCACAAUAAAGAGUACCAGUCAAAAGUUCAGACACGCUUUCUAAUUCAGUAGUUUUGUUUAUUUUUAUUCAUUAAAAGUCAUUUCAUGUCUUAAAGCAAUGAUGGAUGUUGUUUCACUUUACUUAGUCGUUUGGUUCUUGAUAGAGUAUGUACGGAUUACUGUAGUUGUGGCAUGGAGUAGGGAUAUUUACUGUAUUUUUAUUAUUUACUACAUUAUCAUAUGACCUGUACGGACCCACGCGCACGCUGUUAAUAAAACCAUUGGGGAAAGUCAUGUGACUGGGCAGAUACGAAUUUUUGAAUCUGGUCCGGAAAAAGUCGUAUGCGGCCCUGGACCCGUUUCCUUCGCUUCGCUGUUUUCCGCUGUUUUCGUUUUGCUCUGUGAAUAAUAAAGUGAAUUUUAUUAUUCAGAGGAUUUAUCAGACACAGACCUAAUGACUUGACUCUAUCCAGCCGUUAUCCGUAACCGCUUAUCCUGUACAGGGUCGCGCGGGCAAGCUGGAGCCUAUCCUAGCUGACUACGAGCGAAAGGCGGGGUACACCCUGGACAAGUCGCCAGGUCAUCACAGGGCUGACACAUAGACACAGACAACCAUUCACACCUACGGUCAAUUUAGAGUCACCAGUUAACCUAACCUGCACGUCUUUGGACUGUAGGGGAAACCGGAGCACCCGGAGGAAACCCAUGCAAAGACGGGGAGAACAUGCAAACUCCACACAGAAAGGCCCUUGCCGGCCACGGGGCUCGAACCCAGAACCUUCUUGCUGUGAGGCGACAGCGCUAACCACUACACCACCGUAACUCUGUUUUGCUUUCAAAUCAAAAUUCUUUUGUGUAGACGUCAUACCGGUAGGCUUGUACUGAUCUUAUCUCCAUGAGCUGACCCCAGUUUGAACUGACUUCUACUAACGAUGGUUUCUUAAAAUCAUUUUCGUUUCGAGAGAACAGUUGUAUUUUAUACAAUUCAAACCGUUAUUUCAAACUUGUACAAAGGUGAUUCAGCAUAUAAAUGGUUUGCUGUCAAUUGAAUAAAAAUUGAUUGGUUCGUUUUUCGCACACCAUUGUUCAUUGUUUUCCAUUGUGUAUGCUAGUUAAAAAAGGUCAUAUGAUAGAAUGCUUAUUGGCUGAGUUAGGUCGAAGCUCCCACUUAAAGGAACAGUCCACCGUACUUCCAUAAUGAAAUAUGCUCUUAUCUGAAUUGAGACGAGCUGCUCCGUACCUCUCCGAGCUUUGCGCGACCUCCCAGUCAGUCAGACGCAGUCAGACGCGCUGUCACUCCUGUUAGCAAUGUAGCUAGGCUCAGUAUGGCCAACGGUAUUUUUUGGGGCUGUAGUUAGAUGCGACCAAACUCUUCCGCGUUUUUCCUGUUUACAUAGGUUUAUAUGACCAGUGAUAUGAAACAAGUUCAGUUACACAAAUUGAAACGUAGCGAUUUUCUAUGCUAUGGAAAGUCCGCACUAUAAUGACAGGCGUACUAACACCUUCUGCGCGCUUCGGCAGCGCAUUGAUACGGAGCUCAGAUAUUUCACACGCGCGCCCUCCGUGCAUUUCUUGCGUUUUUUGCAUGUAGACCGGCCGUAGGAGCACGUACGGCCGGUUGUGACCUAGGCUUUAGUCAAUAAGUAAAUAGUAUUUAUUGUUUGAUCUCGAACACAUCAAUAAGGCAAGAAACUCGUCUACUAAUUAACUUUUGACGAUGCACAGCUGUUAAUUGAAAAACACUCCGAGUGACUACCUGACUACAUGAAGCUGGUUAAGAUAAUGCCAGUAGUCUGCAAAGUGUCAUCAAGGUAAACACUGGAUACACUGAAGAAUCUAAAUUAUCAAACAUCUUGGGUUUUUUUAACACUUUUUUUUAUUUACAUCAUAAUUCCAUAUAUGUUCCAGAUGUUAUUUUAUAUGCCCUGUGAUGACCUGGCGACUUGUCCAGGGUGUACCCCGCCUUUCGCCCGUAGUCAGCUGGGAUAGGCUCCAGCUUGCCUGCGACCCUGUAGAACAGGAUAAAGCGGCUACAGAUAAUGAGACGAGAUGAGAUGAGGUGUUAUUUUAUAGUUUUGAUGUCUUCAGUAUUGUUCUACACUGUAGAAAAUGCAAAAUACAGAACAACCUGUCCAUGAAUGAGUAGAGUAGGGGUGUCCAAACUUUUGACUGCUACUCUACGUUAAUGUGUAUUAAUGUCUGAGGCAUACCGCACCUUAUUAUAAGAAUUUGAAGCACUUCCUUGUUGUUGUUUUAUCCAGCAGGAUGUUUGUUCAAGACGAUCCAAACCAGUGCCAAGAUAAUGAAUACUCCACCUUGCUCAAAGCAGACUGGAGUUAAAACAAUCUUUGAUGAUAUAGUCCUCAUUUAGUUUUUUUUCCCGUGGGAUGGAUGUAGAAACACGGUGCUAAUGAUAAUGGUGAUGAGUGUAGUCCAGACACACUUUGGAAUGUGCUAUAUGGAGACACGUGAUAUAUUGAGAUAGUUGAGACAAACUGUUGUUACCAAUUAGACAUAUAUUGUUAUUCUUGAUGCACUGAAUCAGGAAAACCUUACCUAUUAGCAUGGGGGAAAAAAGUUUAUAUGAACCAAAAAUAAAAUAAUUUACUGAUAUUAAAUUCUAAAAAGUACGAUUAAAUUAGAGCUAAAAGAGAACAUUUAGUUCAGUUGUACGUGAAUAUGAAUUCAACUUACCUGAGUCUAAUACUCAGCUGGAUAAAGUAACUUAAAAUAUCUGAAAUUACUGAAAACGAAAGUAAAAAAAAAUUCCUCUAAGAUAAAAAUACUAGCAAAUAGCAACUAAAAAAAUCUAGACUCAAUUUCAGAAUUUCAAGACCUCUGUUUAACAUGUACAUUAUUAUUUACAGCACUGUGCAAAAGCUAAAUUCGGAUUUGUUGUGAAUUAUUUUUUCUCAUUUUACUCUUUACUAUAUUCAUAAUCAUUAUUUAGAUUUUUUUGUGUGUUCACAUUAGAGAAUCCCUUUACAAAUACUUUCUUUAAAACCUUCGCACAAUACUAAUACUGUACAUUAAAGUUCAUAGGCAAUGGUUUCUAAUUUAUGCACAUUUGAAACUUUAUAUGUUAAAAAACCCUCUGUAAUUUUCUUCCGGUCCCAAGAAGUAUUGUUAAUAAGUAAUAAUUAAAAUAAGUUAGCGCGGAUCGUGGCGAAUUUCUGUUCGGUGAUUUUCGUGACCACUCGGCACAUGACAUCGUUCAAGACAAACAAGCCGCUUGAGUUGAGUCCACUUCCUUUUACUUACAUUGCCGUUCGGCUUGAGUGCAGACGUGCGUUCAGGAAUUUCCAAAGAAAAACUAUGCUUUAUUGUUGUGCAGUGAACUGUAACAGCGGGACCGGUUCAGGAAGAAGUUUUUACCUUUUACCGAGAGAGGAGAAGAGGCGGAGAGAGUGAAUUGGCUUUUUCCGAAAGAGGAGAAAAGGCGGAGCGAGUGGGUUGGCUUUUUCUGAAAAAGGACAGGAGGCGGCGCGAAUGGGUUGGCUUUUUCUGAAAGAGGAGACGAAGCGGAGAGAGUGGAUUAUGCACGUGAAGCCAGAGGGUUGACUUUUUCCGAAAGAGGAGACGAGGCGGAGCGAGAAGGUUGGCUUUUUCCGGAAGAGGAGACAAGGCGGAGCGAGAGAGUUGGCUUUUUCCGGAAGAGUAGACGAGACGGAGAGAGCGGAUUGGCUUUUUCCAGAAGAGGAGACGAGGCGGAGCGAGAGGGUUGGCUUUUUCCGGAAGAGUAGACGAGACGGAGAGAGUGGAUUGGCUUUUUCCAGAAGAGGAGACGAGGCGGAGCGAGAGGGUUGGCUUUUUCCAGAAGAUGAGAUGAGGCGGAGUGAGAGAGUUGGCUUUUUCAGGAAGAGGAGACGAGGCGGAGUGAGAGAGUUGGCUUUUUCCGGAAGAGGAGACGAGGCGGAGUGAGAGAGUUGGCUUUUUCCGGAAGAGUAGACAAGACGGAGAGAGCGGAUUGGCUUUUUCCAGAAGAGGAGAUGAGGCGGAGCGAGAGGGUUGGCUUUUUCCGGAAGAGGAGACGAGGCGGAGAGAGUGGAUUGUGUGCGUGAAACAAAAUCAAGCACUCAAAGAAGAAACGGAGCAGCAACGCUCAAGCAAAAAGGAGAAGAUUGGAGGUAAACAUUUUUACUUUUGCUUGCAAUUGACAAGUCAAGAAUCCUGAGGGAUCCUGUACAAUCAUUGUGGAAAUGAGACAAAGGGAUAUUUCCUCGCCUAGAGUCGGCUAUAAAUAGUAUAAUGCCGCGGAUGGAAGGCUAAUGUGGCCUACCGGCGCACUGUCAAGUAAUCGUUACUUAUAUCCACUAGGGAGGGCGGUUUAAUUAUUCUUCAAAAGGGCUCUUAUUUAGUAUUACGACAAAAGUAGGAAUUUAUCAUAACUACCAGGAUAAAUCGUUUGGGCGCGAGUCUUGUUGAGGUCCGGCGUCACCGCGAUCAGAGUCGGCUGAGUCGCUGUCCAAUUCCGAGGCCACACGGUCAAACCAGUGAGCCACAUUCACCGAUUGCCUCGCAACGGCCAUAGGUUCAUACAUAUAUGGUUUCACCUCUCGAUAUUCAAUUUGGAGAGUUCCUACUUCAAAAUCGCUUUCAGACAUUUUACACAACCUCUCACGACCAAAGUCCGUACACGUGUGUUCGGUUCGCAAGUAAACACAGAACUGCUCCCGGUCUGUUUGGCUUAAAUGACAUCAUGACGACGGUCCCCUGGCAGUGAAAGUGUGCAUAAGUGAGAUGUAAACAAAACUUCGGAAAUUGGGCAAAACAGUAUAUUUUAACCGUUUUAUUCAAUUUUAGGGUGCAAAUUAGACACUAGGAAGAUUGAAUUUGCUUUUUGGGUCAUUCUUCUAGACAAUAAUGUUGAUAUCCUACGUUUCACCUCCGACCCUUGCCUAUGACCUUUAAAUACAAUAUCAGCACGUGUCUUGAUGAAGCACCUUAAUUUAACAAAGUGAAGCCCCUAUUUUUUAACAAACUUCCUUUUAAGAUCAUUCCAGGAAGCUGGGAAGCAUUUUUUUUUCCUUGCAAAUUUAUGAUUUUAUAAUCUUGGAGAAUUUAUAAUCUCUGAGGUUUUUUUCUUAGAAAUUUCCUACUUUAAUCUCAGAAAUUCUGAGGGGUUUUUGUUUUCCGAAUAUUCUCCCUUCCCUCAGCUCUGUAUUUUUCUUUUAACCUUCUCUGGCUCUAAUAUUCCGUCGUAGAUUGCAAAUAUAAUCUUUUCUUAUAAGGUAAAGAUUUAUUCACCAGAUUACCUCUGCACCUCUACGAGCUCAACUGUACUAGUUAAAUAGUAUCGUCUAUAAAUAUAGUAUUAAAUAUGUUGUACUGCGUGCAACCACGUGUCAGAAGAGUAUUUUUUCCAGGCCAAAUAUAAGUUCUUGUCUUCGUUGACGAGAUUAACGUGUUCUUUAUGAUUUCUACUAGUAAAAGCCAAUCUUGUAUUAAUGGAGUUUUCUUUAAAAUGUUUUUGAAUGUAUUUCUGUCAUGAGUACGAUACUUUCUGGACUAUAAAGGCGAAACAAAAUGAUCGGAAAGCUAAAUGUUCUCCUCCGUAAAACGUAAUGGAAGGCUGAGAAGAUUAAGAUGAGUUUUCAGAUAAACAAUCAGUCAAAGCUUUACUUACUUUAAGGUUUGCAUAACUAUCCAGGUUUCUGUUGUGCGCAAAAUAGAAGCGAUAUUUUAAAAAUUACGGUAAAACACAAUUGUGAAUGGUCUCCGUUUCCACUGAGUGAUGUUUAUGCAAUUAAAGCUGGGUUUUCUCCUCUCGCGAUAGCUCUUACAGAACACACUUUUUUUUUAAGAAAGGUAGCAUUUCCAUUUGCUCAUCAUGUCCUAUCGUGUGAAAAACACUCUUCCGUUUCAAUUUUGCAAAAUAUUGCCUUAUCGAAUCACCUCAUGCGAGCAUUUGCGAUAUUUGAGUUAAUAUUUGCAGCUUCAUGGAAGCACAGUACUUGAUUUGUCUUUAAAAUAGUAAGUCAAAUAAUUAACGCCUGCAUUAUAAACAGUGUUUAUGCCUUCAGUGAAUAAAAUUGACAUGAAUUUUUUUUUUAAAUACUAUCAGCAUCUUAACGAACAUGUUUGCAAUUGUUAACGUUGCUUUUGGUUUAUUAAUGCUUACGUUCUUGGGUUGUUCAUGUUAACUAAUGCGGUAAGUACUGCUAAUAUUUUAUGCAUUUUGAAAUUUAGCAACAUUUUAAGGAUUGUGAUGAACCAUGUACAUUAUUUUCACAGUCGUUUAUAUGAUAACAGUGAGUAUAGGCUUUGUGUAAGGACACUUUUCAGAAAAAAAAGUCCAGCUAUGGAAAGAGUCUCCAAGGUCACGCUUUGGAAGAGUCAGAAGAAAAACCGUAACUUUUCCGACAUCUUCAGGAUGAAAAAGUUUCCGGUAACAUAAUGAGCUGCUUUUUUUUUUUAAUUAACUUUGAGAGAGAGAUUAGUGACUGAGCGACUGUUUAUAGCUGCUAUAACAUAAGUGAAAAUAGGAACUAACUUGUUUCAACAUUAAGUGUAACUAUAAAUGGAUAAAAAUUAUCACGUGUUGUUCUUUAAUCACGAUCAUGUUUAUAGGAAAUGAUAAAACACUUCAGGAUGUCCUACGUACUACAGUAUGUUACCAUUUAUAGUCCAGAAAAUACAGUUCUCACGCCUUGAUUUGGCCUUUUGAUAUAUGAUAAAAAUGAAGAAAUGACAAAUUUAAAGCAUUACAGUGUCUGUAGUGAUACCAGCGUGUCUGAAAUACUGUUUGUACUUGAUGUGCAUUGAAAGAGGACCUUUUUAUAGAGUGUAACUAAUCCUGGUCUGUAUUCGCUCAUCUGCUGUACUGUUGUAUCUGUAAAAGCCUAAAGAAAGCUGGGUUCAUUCUUCCCACAAGUGUAUUUCUGUGUUUUUCAAUGAACGCUGUAUCAUUCUGUCCUGUCCUGUCCUGUUUUGUUCAUUUCUCUUUGUUUAAACAUGCGCUAAUGACAGAAAUGGCGUCCAUGUUACCUGUCAUAAGUUUUAUGGAUGACAUGGCUGUUUUGCGAUGUCAGAAAUCACAAGACGUAUAUUACUCGAAUCCAGUCCAGCAUAACUCUCUAAUAAAGAUGUCUUUAAUUCAAA